AUGUCAAUUGAGCGUUUGCCAAAUGAACUUCUGGAAAAUAUCAUCACACAUGCCUUGCCAGAGGGGUUUGAGAGCCUUGCCUUGACCUGUAAACACCUCUACACACUCUGUACUCCCUUCAUCGAGCACUACAACAAAUUGCGCUAUCAUUUCCAGGACUUUUACUACUACAAGACAGAUCAAGUGGUCAAAAGCAGACUACACCUGGUCUACCAUACUCCUCCAUACACAGCCUGUUCAGCAUUCAACUUGAUCGCCCUCAUCGCCGUCAAGCCGGUUAUCGCCCGCUACAUUGAAAAGGCGGACUUUGAGAAUGACAGCCAAUGCACUCAGGGCAAAGACCGUGAGAUCACAACGAAUGUCGAUUAUGAUGGCGCUGUGGUGAAACUGCUCGCCAAUUCUCCCUACCUGAAGGAAGCAGGUCUCGAUUGGAGGGAAUACUGGACUGCGAUGGAAGAGGAUCUCGAUGCUGCUCGCUACUCGCAGCGAGCUGCGGCUUUUGCGCUGACGCUGCUGCCUAAUGUCAAGGCAUUCAAGCUGCCUAGAUGGUGGAAGCCAGUCGCUGCAGCUGAUAAGCUCGUUGAUGCUGUCGUUCGCAAAACAAGACAUCCGUGUCUCCCUUAUGACAGACCCAGCAUGGCCCAGGUCACUAAAUUCGAGGCAUUUGUAACGCGGAGCCCCGUGUUACAAUUCGAUAUAACAUGGGCAACCCCUUUCCUGGCCCUACCGCACGUCCAGUCUUUCUGCGGCUUCACGUGCAUCGGCAUGGGCGGCCACAGGAGUAUUGUGUCCGAAUAUCUGGACAGUAACUUCAAAUCAGGCCUUGAAGUGGUUGAUAUCUCGUUUGCGGAUGUUGACUGGAUGGUUAUUACAGACCUUCUCAAACACACACCACGCCUCAAGAAAUUGAAGUACUUGCAUAUGGCAGACGCAAACGAUACUUCCCACGACUGGGAUCUCUGCCGGUUUAUCACAGCAAUCGAGCACGAGGUCGGGAGUCACCUUGAGCAGCUUUGCAUCAGCAUCCACGAACUCCCUGGCGCAAUCAAACCUGGAAGCGUAUCAAUGCGCGGCUUCCAGCGGCUGCGAAAACUUGUGCUUCCCCUUGAAUUGGUCUUGUGCACUAUGACACCUGCGAACCACGAAUCGCUCCUGAGUGACCUUAUCCCUGCCUCGGUCUCUCGGCUUUCCCUAUUAUCUCACACCGAGGGCCACCCGGAGCACCAUUACAAAGCCCUCGACCGCCUAUUUCAUGACUUUGCCGCCAGGAAGGAUUCUCAUGUGCCUGCUCUAAAAGAAAUCUACCUCUCCUAUCCUAGCGAUGCGGACGACCUGUACAAGGACCAGUGUGACCGACUGGCUGCGGAGGCUGAGAAGGAAAGCAGUGCUGAGCUGUCCGAGGCGAUCAACUCUAUGUAUCGUUGGUAUCAGAAAUCCGCUAUCUGCUAUGCAUAUCUAAGUGAUGUUGAUGCAAAUGAAGACCAGGAGCUAUUAUCUGAAAACAUCAAGAAUAGCAAAUGGUUUACCCGUGGGUGGACUCUUCAAGAACUGGUUGCGCCGCCAAAGUUGUUUUUCCUUGCAAGCAACUGGAGCGACAUGGGUUCUAAAGCGGACAUGAGUGCCUUAAUCCAAGAUAUAACUGGAAUCGACGAAUCUGAUCUGGUGGAAAUUCCCCAGCUUGAAAGAUUUAGCAUCGCCAAACGGAUGUCUUGGGCGGCCAAUAGACACACAACUCGGGUCGAAGAUAUUGCAUAUUGUCUUAUGGGAUUAUUUAAUGUUAACAUGCCACUGUUAUAUGGAGAAGGUGACAAGGCGUUUAUUCGUCUCCAAGAAGAGAUCCUAAGGGGUUCUGCUGAUCAGACACUAUUUGCAUGGCAGAGGGAUGAUGUUUCACAUGAUAACCCCAGUGGCCUGCUUGCUCAGUCGCCGUGGGACUUUAAAGAUAGUGGUGGCAUGGUUCCCUUUCUAUUUGCCAAAAGGACCGAACCAGUUGCUGUCACUAACCUGGGCAUCAGAGUACAUCUACCCAAGAUACGAAAUCUUCUGAUACUGCAAUGCCAAGACACCUCGAAAAAGAAACUAACCAUACCGAGCUUUAAGGUAAAGGGGCCGGGAGGAAACAAUCAGUAUGUUAGGAUCAAUGGAGGGCUAGCCAAGCAAACCAACCUCCCGUCAAUAUUUUCUGCCAUGCCCAAGCUAAUUCAUGUUGCGACAACCUUGCAAACCGCUGGUCCAUCUGUGGACAAAUGCCUGAUUUAUGACCAUUCGAGUUCUAUCGGUCGUAAAAUAUCCUCUCAGAGUGGCAUGGAACGGAAGAGCAAAAAACUGGUUCUUUUCUUUGACGGACCACCCUACAAAGGUAGAGAGAGGCAAAACAUCACCUCCAGCAUUUACAAGAUGCAUGAUAUGCUUGCAGAUACCAAUGAUGCCCAACUAUCUUACUAUCAUAGGGCAAGUCGCCAAAGUACCAACUGCGUUGAAUCGUGCAUACAGAUUGGGUACAAAUGGAUCACUGAGCAUUACUGCCUUGGAGAUCAAAUAUUCCUGUUUGGCUUUUCCACCGGAGGUCAGGUGAUACUCCUAGCCAAAAUGAUCGAAUAUUUUGGAAUUUUCAAAAGCUCAGAUAUCGUUCGAGGUAAUCCGAUGUCGUCAUAUUUCAGUUGGCACAAUAUUACAUUUAAAAGCAAGACAAGCACUGAAUUGCAAAGACGAACUGCAUACUGGAAGAUGGUCCAGUUUCGCCAAGAGUAUUGCGAACCAGCUGGGAGGGUGGAGUUUGUGGGCUGCUUUGAUGCGCUCGACAUCGAGGGGAAGAUACCAGUGCCAUGGUUGAGUCCCCGUCCCGAGGUUCAGCUUGAUAGUAAAAUCGUUCGCCACGCUAUCUCGAUCGACGAAAAGCGAUGCGACGGGCCUCAACGUUUGUUCCGGCUAUUCAGACACGAUCGAAGUAAUGUAACUGAGAUAUGGUUCCCUGGAGGACAUGCUGACAUUGGUGGUGUGGCUCCCCCGGACCCUGACAAAGGUUGGGGUCUUAGCCAUAUCCCUCUAGUUUGGAUGCUCCGCGAGGCCAUCAGAGCUGGUCUAGACUUUGAUAUCUGGAAAAUAAAAGCGCAGCUUGGGAUUGAAGCGGACCCGAAGGAUUACAACGGUGAAAGCUUUCUUUCAAUCCCCGACGUAUAUGACUAUUUACUUGAUGCGGCCAGAAAUGGCCGGCUCCACGGCUAUUUUAGACGUCUGCCUUAUUCCAAGACAUUGUGGGUGACCACGGCAAUCACAAGUUUGCCUAAUUUUCUCACCUCGCUCCUUGCUAACUUGCCCCAACCAGACUAA